CUGAGUCAGCCAGUGGCAAGCUAUGGUUUGUUGUUUGUGGUCAACCCAGCUGUAUGGGGUAGCAGUAGCUGUCAGUGACUGAUCAGCUCUCCAUGGCCUAUCGUCCCUCCAGCUCUGGCUCCUACACUGUGGUUAUCAUCCCGCUUAAGACCAGUCUGUGCAGCGUGGACGCACUUCGCUUCUACCUAUGGAUUAAACGGUUGAAGGAUCUGGAGAAGGAGAAGGACGCUCUGUGGUCUGGUCUGGAGAUUCUGGAGAAGGCUCGGCUCUGGUAUCUCCAGCGGCUGGAGGAGAACAGGGCUUGGCAGGAUAGCAUCGAAAGCAGAAGUGGGUUUGUCUCCAGAAAUGAAGAUGGAGCAGAGGCUCGCUCCUGCCUCCUCGGGUCUCGUAUCCAGCGGGUGAACGGUUCUCUGGGCUCUGUGAUGAGUGAGCCUAACGCCAUGACCGGCAGCAACCCCUCUCUGCUUGAAGCAGUGGCAGACAGUGACCUCCGGUGGCACAACUCAGUACUGACUCAGGAGGUGAAGAACAAGAACUGUCAAAUAUCCUUGUUAGAACAGGAAAAACACGCUCUCCUCAAUCAACUCCAUGCACUGAAGAACUGCUGACUAUAAGCUUACACGUGUAUUACACCCCAAACUUACAUUUAACUGGAUAUCAUACAGUUAUUUGCAUGUAAAUAUGUAUUUAAAUUAAUAAAUGAUAGUAAAUGAUA